UCCCAUGGAGCUCUUCGACAGCGACUUCAUCCUACCCAGCAGGCAGAUCGAACUACUGAGGAUCACGGAGAAGAGGCAGGCCUUCUGUGUGAGAACCAGUAGUCUUGAAUUCCCCUCUUCCUCUGGUGGUCAUACUGCACACUCACCCUCACCAUCCUCCUCCCCCCACCGCCGCUGGCACCGACCCUCCUCUGUGGACCGCUGCUGCCCUGCUGAGCGAUGCCUGCCGCACCCCCAGCCCCCCGCUCGCACCCUGUCAGAGGACAGCGGCACCCAGAGGCUCUCAGGUUCCCCCUCGCCCGGUGCCCACAGGAAAGGCUGGCACGCCACGCUCCGGGUGUACCCGCAGUACCGAACCGGGCUACCCAAGGAAACCAGUGUCAAGCUGCGGGUGACCCCAGGCACGUCGGCCAGGGAGAUGGUCCAGCUGGUGGUGCAGGAGAUGAACGCGGUGUCGCGCCGGCUCCUCAGUGGUAGCAGUAGCAGUAGUAAUGGAGGGGGAGCGGAGGGGGAGAAGUGUCUGUACAGCCCUGAGCAGCUGGAGCACUUUGGACUGGUGCUGGUGGUGGACGGCAGGGAGAAGUGGCUCCAGGAUGACUUCUGUCCCCUGGAGCUGCAGAACCCCUGGCUCCGGGGCAAGCUGUGUGUCCGCAUCAAGGAGUACUCGCCCCUGGCACUGCAGUACAGCAGGGCGACUACUGUCUGAAACUAAGAGGUGGGGAAGGAUUCGGGGGCGGGGGACUUUAGGUCUGGACUACUAGAUGGAAGUUCCUCCUUCAGGAAUGUUGGAACAUGAACUUUUAACGUUUUACAUGGGCCAAAGCAAGGCAGCCUACCUGGGAUGAACUUCCACUGGAAUUUUCUCAAAUUUUCUCCCUCUCUUUCUCUCUUUCAAACUUUUUCCCUCUUCGGUUGUUUUUACCGUCCAGCUACUGUAGCUACAGAGCAUAGUCGGUGGUUUUAUGUUUGUUUGUUUGUUGUUAACUGAAAUGCUGCUGUGAGACUCUGUUUCCAUGAAGUCUCUUCCCACCCCAUGUAAACUACACCUUCUUCCUCAAUGCUCAGCUGGACAUCAAAUGUACAAAAGGAAAUGGAAAACUGUUGUUAUUAUAUUAUUUGCAUCACCAAACGUCAAAGCCCAAAAAAGGGAUGUGACGUGAGGAAGAUUAAUGAAUGAAUGCUACCGCGCUUUGGCAUGGGGCGUGAUUGACAGCAACACAUUUGCCAGAACGCGGCCAGAACGCCACGGUAUCGUCAUCUGCAGCCACAUGCGGGUGCACAAGCCUUUUCCUAUGAACUUUUCCUAUGAACGCUCUCUCUCUCUCUCUCUCUUGCUCUCUCUCUCUCUCGCUCUCAUUCCAAGAGGCUGUUGGCUGCAACCCUGCAGCCGGCCUUCCCGACGUUCCCAGGAUGUGGGCCCUGGACUCUUCCCAGAGGGCCCAGCGCGAGGGAAGGGGGCUGGCGUCUCCCAGCUCGGGACAGAAUCUGGAAUCUGCCCUGCGGUUUGACCUCUAAGUUUGUCACUCUGUCAGACUCGCCUCCCCUGGCCACUGUUGUAACUUUGGGAAGGAGAGAGCCAGGAGUACAGAGGAUUACACACAAGAGGGAAGGAGGGAGGGAGGGAGGCUGCAAUGUCUUUGGGAUUCUGGCACUUACUUUCUGGUGUUUCUUUUUCGUCCUGAGUGCAGGAGAAAAUACUUUGUACAUGAUGACUCCCGCCAAUCUGUGGUGAAGUCAUAAAACAAACCAUCAUCUCAUCCAACUUAGCCAUCGAAAAGGCAUAGAAAGCAGAUUUGGAUUUUUGAAAGACAAAACCCAAACAGGAACAAAGAAAGAGAAGCAAUACUUUACUUCCACGUGUUUUUUUCUCGUUUGUUUCUUUGUGAUUCGAGACGAUUGUACACCUUCCAGAAUUCGUCAAAAGUCUGGGCCAUGCUAGCCAUGUGCUAACCGAUAGCCAGUGCAGUGUUAUCCAGGCCGCUGGUACUCCAGUCCGACCAUUAAGAGGUGUUUGUCUCCUCAUUGGGGGUCUAUUCGUCUGUACAGUGCUGUAAGUACUCCAAUGGAAAUAGGAUUGGCCAAGUUGCUCUUCAACAUGACGCUAUAGGCUCCUUCCGCUCACAGUAACUGCAGGCUUUGGUUUUAGUCUAGCACUCGUCUUCGUGUUCAUUAGGUAGAAAGGCAGAACCUUCAAUGCACUCCUUCUUUGGACUUAAAUAGCAUUUGAAAAGGUUCAAACAGAAGGCAUUUCAACCACGUAUGAAAGACCCUGGUUGAAUAUGAUGUCUGAAAUGAAAGCCUGCACUUACUGUAACUUUGUGGGUCCAGAAAAGUUUAAACCUGUUCUUGAACCUUCUACCCUGUUCUAGUCUUUCCUUAGACGUGGUUGUGUUCUCCGAGCCUGAUAUAAGUGUUUACAGAGUUUAGUUUCCUUUAUCCUCCCCAAAAAUGUGUGUUUACAUAUAACUACAACAACAAAAAAAGUCUUAAAAGAGCAACUGAUGUGAAGUUGUAAUUGAAAAGUAUUGGUUCUACUGAUGGUUUGAACUCUUCUGUUUGCGCUUAGAUGUAUCUUUAAUUCACAUCGUUAAAGACAUUUUUUUUUUUUACAAGGGCAAACUGCGAAAAACAACAACAACAAUAUAGAGAAAAACUGGACUGAAUGUAUCUACUGUUAGACGUCGGGCUGCUGGGUCUGUCAAGAGUAUAGAAGUCAGAGGUCAAUUCUGAAGGGUGGAGGGGCAGAGGGUAAAGGGGGUUUGUGUCUCCCUUACCAGCCAAAGGAGAAGGAAAGCUCCAUCUUGGACCCUUGGCAGAUCCACUGAGCAUAGUCAUGAAGUCAUUUUUUUAAAAUCUAUUUUUAUUGAACAAUAAAUUAAUAUU